UGUGCUCCGAACUGAGUCACAGUCAUUCUGAAAUCGUGAUUGAGUUCCACUGAUCAGUGUUGAGUUCUUGGAAAACCUUUUCGUGUUGUGCAGUCAACGUGGUUGUAUCUCAUUUAAAGGAAGAGAAAAGAUGGCAUCACUAAAACUUUACUUCGAUAUGAUGUCGCAGCCUUCUAGAUCAGUGGUGUUGCUCUUAAAAGCAAACAAAGUGCCGUUUGUUCCACACUUGAUCAAUCUUGCCAAAGGAGCACAAUACUCUGAUGAGGAAUUUGUUGAUGUGAGCCCUACUAAAAGAGUUCCAGCUUUGAAAGAUGGGGACAUGAAACUCUUUGAAAGCACUGCCAUGAUGAAAUACAUUUGUGCCAAAUAUCAGUUAGCUGAUCAUUGGUACCCAAAGGAUCUCGAAAAAAGAGCCAAAAUUGAUGAAUACCUCUCUUGGCAUCACACCAAUACAAGAUUGGCUGCUGUGAGCAUUAUUUGGGGAAAACUUUUUGGCCCGCUUUUGCUUGGCAAGCCUGUUAACGAACACAAAAUCAAAAAUGGAAAGAAGCAAAUGGAAGAUUGCAUGAAAAUAUACGACAAUCACUUUUUGAAGGACACACCUUUCUUGUCAAGUAAAGAAAUAUCAAUUGCCGAUGUGUUGGCAAUAUGUGAGUUCAGUCAGUUGGAAUUGCUCGAUGAAAACCUAGUUGAACUGUCGAGUAAAGUAAAAGAUUGGCAAAAGCGAUGCGUUGAUUAUUUCGGAGAAGAUUAUCAACAGGUUCAUUCAAUAUUGUAUAAAAUGAAAGCUUCUCUUUCUAAAAGACCAAAACUAUGAGAAUAACACUAUAGCUUUAAAUUUUAAAGUCAUUUUGCAGUGGUAAUUGAUGAAAUAGAAUAUGUAGGUGUAAGUGUUUGGACCUUUUUGUGUUCUAUUAACAAAUGUGAAUUUAUAUCAAAGUGAGGUUGUGAUCAAAGAGAGAACAGCGUUUUCGGC